AAGUGAACACUCCUGACAUGUUCAUUUCAUUCAUCAUCCAUGGCUUCGUCUACUCCAUCUUUCCUUAUGCUACUUCUCUUCCUUCUUGUAGGGAGCUCGUCGGCGAACCUUUCGACGAACUUCUACUCUUCAUCAUGCCCUAAUGUUUUCAGCAUUAUAAAGCCGGUUGUAAAGUCGGCCAUCUCCGCUCAAGCCCGAAACGGAGCAUCUCUUCUUCGUCUCUUCUUCCAUGAUUGCUUUGUUAAUGGUUGUGACGCAUCCGUACUUCUUGAUGACACGCCAACCUUCAGAGGAGAAAAGACAGCACCGCCCAAUAACAAUUCAAUAAGGGGAUUUGAUGUGAUUGACAAGAUCAAAGCAACCGUUGAGAAAGCAUGCCCUGGUGUGGUCUCAUGUGCUGAUAUCUUGGCAAUAGCUGCUAGAGAUUCAGUAGUCAUACUUGGAGGACCUAAUUGGAAUGUGAAGGUUGGAAGGAGGGAUUCAAGGACAGCCAACUUCUCCGGAGCUAGCACUGACAUUCCUCCACCGACAUCAAACCUGAGUCGUCUCAUUGCUAAUUUUUCUUCUCAAGGUCUCUCCGUCAAAGACAUGGUUGCACUUUCAGGUGGACACACCAUUGGAAAAGCAAGGUGCGUAUCUUUCAGAGGCCACAUAUACAACGACACCAACAUUGACUCAUCUUUUGCCAAAACAAGGCAAGCCAAUUGCCCAAGAAGGGUUGGUGUUCAAGAUAGAAACUUAGCACCACUUGAUCGCCAAACUGAGAGAGUGUUUGACAAUGACUAUUUCGAGAACUUAGUGGUUCACAAGGGACUUCUCCACUCAGACCAAGAGCUUUACAAUGGUGUUUCCACUGACUCUCUGGUCCAAACUUAUGCAAGCAGCACCAACACAUUCUUCUCCGACUUUGUCACAGGGAUGAUCAAGAUGGGAGACGUCAAACCCCUCACUGGCUCCAAAGGAGAGAUUAGAAAGAACUGCAGGAGGGUUAAUUAAUUAAUUAAUUAAUUAAUUGGUUUAUGUUAAUUUACUACUGUUGUGCUACUUGAUUACUGUAUGUCUGUGAGUUUGUCUUGUGUGUUUACUGAUGUUGGAAGUGUAAGUUCUGAGGAAUAAGAUGAAAACAUUGAAAAGUGAUUGUGAGAAUUAUUAAUGGUCGACAAUAAAUUCUGCAAGGAACUGGUUAAUUAAUUUUGUGGA